ACGAUCGUCGCGGGCACGCGACGUGCAUCCUUCGGGUGCAUCCUAAAUCCCGUCCAAUGAGGAGUCCUCGGACGAGAGAUGGGGGAAGGCAGAUACGAGGGGGAAACAGGCGGAGGGAACGAGUCGCGGGAACGCGGCAAGCACUUCCUGCGCAAGAAGAGGGUCCUACGCGAAUCGUCGAGUAAUUGAGGUCCUGUGGUCCCUACGAGACCGCGGGUCUGGUGGGGGUCGCCCUAUGUAAGGCCCUGGAAGCGACCAGGUCCAGCUCAUCCAGCAUCAGGACACCGCGAGUCAGGAUUCGCGCCGCCCUGGCGUCGAUGAGCACAAGGAGGAUCAAGCGAGCAAGACACCCCUGGCGACUUAGUUUUCGGAAAGUAUCCUUCGUCCUGGUGGAGGGCACCGACCGCCCUCGGGAUUGUCAUCGGUGGUGAAGAAGAAGCCGAGGAGGAGAACGAGAGGAAGAGGACGAGGGGAAGAACGAAGAGAGGGCACAUCGAGAAGAAGAUGAGGGUGGAGGUGUUAGUCGUCCUUACGGUCCUUACUGUAAGUUUCGUCAAUGCUGCCAGGAGAAGAGUUAGAUCCACGACAGGAACGACAGUGACCACAACGAUGACGACACCAGCGUCGUUCAUCGGUAGGCAGCUCGGCUUCGCCGGACAGCCGGAAGAACUGGAGACUCUGUGGGACAACUAUGACAUCCAGAAACUGGACAACCGUGCCGAGUCGUGGAAAAGUCUGAACAACGUGUCGGAGAAGCACGACGAGGUCGUCCUCAACACCGGCAGACAGUUCUACCCUGGGCUCCCGACGAAUCCGGGGGAAACGAACGAACUGCCUAAGCCCAUCUCGCCGCAACCUACGUUGCUUCCGCACCCGCCGGGUUGUUUAGGCCCGCGAGGCCAGUACCCGAGCCCGAAGAGCUGCGCCAACUACCUCAACUGCUGGGACGAUGUUGUCAUAGAGCAGACCUGCCCAGCUGGGUUGCUCUUCAACGACGUUACCAACGUCUGCGACUUCGACUAUAACGUCAACUGCGGCAACCGACCUCCCGCCACACCGAAACCACCGUUGCCGCCGGGGUCGAAGCUGUGCCCGGACCCGAACGGCCGCUACAGGAGCUCGACGAACUGUUCAGAAUUCUACGUGUGUGUCGGAGGCAGACCCGUCAAAUUCGCCUGCCCUCGCAGUCUGGUCUACAAUGACAUUCUAAACGUGUGUGACUAUCCAUACAACGUAGACUGCAGAGGCGCUGCCACGCCAAAACCACAACCUCCACCACAGCCGCCGACUAUACCUCCGCAAACACCUUCGCAUCCACCUCCUACGUCCAAGCCGUCUACUAAGCCACCUACUUACCCCCCUCAGCCUACUUAUCCUUCUCAACCACCGACCUAUCCUUCUCCACAACUUCCGACCUAUCAACCACAACCCUACCCACCGCCAGCUUAUCCCGGAAAUCCCUGGCUAACUAAGGUUGAACCGGAUCCCUGGCAUCAACGACCGUCGGCGUCUCAACUAGAGAUCGACAACGAACGGCUCAAGAAUGAAGAAAUGACUAACGGUCAACCUCUCGACAAUCAACCGCAGGACGUGAUGGAAACGUCGAGUCUGAUGAGCCCAUGGAAUCUUUUCCAGGUGAUACCACCUGAGCUAAUGAGUACUCCGUGUAAAAAUGGAGACGUGCACAGGCUCAACGAAAGUUGCACCAACAUGGUGGUCUGUAGGAACGACAGACCUCAAAUGGUGAGGUGUUCAUCGGGCUUCUCAUACGACAAGCCCUCAGACUCCUGCAAGCCCUUCAGCGUUGCCAAAUGUUAAUCGACGAAUCUUUUAGAAAUCACUCUUUGCUACUAAGCGUACACAUCGAGCCAACUACAAUAAAAUAACUGUUGCUAUUUGCUAUUGCUACGGCUUUAAUCAAUCUCUAUCGAUUAAUCUUAAUAUCUUCUGAUCGAGAUGCGAAGCAAUGGAUAAAGUAUCAAUAACGAAUAAAACUGCAGUCGAUGACAACUCGUCAUCGAAGACAACGAUCAAAGAGGGCUAUUUAGUUUAAUAAAAUCUAAGGUUAAGUGAAUAGAUUUCGUAAAUGAUAUUUCCUUUUGUAAUUCUCGCAUUAGUUCAUUAAUAUGCUAUCCGAUAAACAAACGAGAAAGAACUAGCUUUUGAAAU